AUGGCCGACGAUACCCCUGUCGCUGCCCCCGCUGAGGCUGUUGAACAGCCCGAGCGCGCUGCGGCCGCGGCCGGCGACAAGCCUGCCGACCAGGAGUCCGAGAAUGUGACUACCACCGACGACAAGAAGACCGAACCCACAAGCGCAAACAACGAGAAGAAGGAAGCCGAAUCUGGUGCCGACCAGGCUGCUGAUUCCGGCGAUGCGACGGAGGCCAAGGACGAGCCCGCUGCUGCCGACGGAGAUGCUGAGACAGCUGCCCCAGAGGCGAAUGGAACCCCAGCCUCUUCCAAGAAGUCCUCCAAGGACCGCCGCCGGUCCACUGGCACCGCCGAGAAGUCCAAGCUCAACAAGCGCAAGUCCAUGACCAAGAUCACUCAUCUGAAGGUGCAGCCCGGCGAGUACUACCUUGCGCGUCUGCGCAGCUAUGCGCCAUGGCCAUCCAUCAUCUGCGACGAGGAGAUGCUCCCGCAGUCUCUGCUUGAUACCCGCCCCGUCACGGCCGCGCAACCCGAUGGAACCUACCGUGCCGACUACGCGGAUGAGGGAAAGCGGGCCCAUGAGCGGACCUUCCCCGUCAUGUUCUUCCAGAGCAACGAGUUUGCCUGGAUCCCCAACACCCAACUCACCCCGAUCACCCCUGCCGAGUGCAAGGAUGUCUCCCAGAAGAACAAGGCCAAGGGCCUGAUCGAGGCCUACAAGGUUGCUUCGGAGGGCCACGACCUUGCAUACUUCAAGCAGAUGCUGUCCGAUCACGAGGCUGCCAUCCAGCAAGAGAUCGAGGAGGAGGAGGCCGCCGAGGCUGCAAAGGCUGCUGCCAAGGCUGAGAAGGAAGCCGCAAAGGAGGCUGCUAAGGAGGCCAAGAAGGCCGCCAGCAAGACCAAGCGCAAGAGCAAGGGCCCGGAUACCGAUGUCGAAAUGGAGGAUGCAGAUGACUCCAAGAAGGCCAAGACCUCGAAGAAGCGCAAGAAUGAGACCGACGGUGACGCGGAGAAGCCCGCAAAGACUCCAAAGACCAGUACUAAGCUGAAGUUGACUACCCCCAAGGCGCCUGCGGAGGAGAAGAAGACCCCCGCUAGUAAGGCAAAGAAGCCCAGCUCCAAGAAGGCCAAGGCCGCCGAGGAAGACAGCACCCCCGAGGUCAAGGAGCCAGAGAAGCAGAUUGACCCCGAAGAGUUGAAGAAAAAGAAGGAGAAGGAGGUUCUUUUCCUGCGUCACAAGCUACAGAAGGGAUUCAUUUCCCGCGAAAUGCCACCCAAGGAGGAUGAGAUGGCCACUAUGGCUGGCUAUUUCGACAAGCUGGAGAAGCACGCUGAUCUCGAGGUUUCCAUCAUCCGCUCGACCAAGAUCAACAAAGUUCUGAAGAUGAUCGUCAAGCUUGAUACCAUCCCCCGCGACGAGGAGUUCCAGUUCCGCCACCGCGCAAUGGGAAUCCUGACCAGCUGGAAGAGCGUGCUGGAGACCGACGCCCCGGCUCCCUCCGACAAGGAGACCAAACCCACCGCCAACGGCGCCCACAAGGACGAUGACGGCGCUGAUACCCCCAAAGUGGAGACUGAGGAGGAGAAGGAGACAGAGAGCAAGACCGCCAACGAUGAUACCCCCAUGCCCGAUGCCGAGAAGGCCGACGAGAGCGAACCCAAGGCAUCUACCGAGGAUAAACAAACCGAGGAGAAGACUGUUGAGGCUGCCGCUUAA